GCCAGCGAACGGUCGCGACGGAUCGGGGCGCUGAGGGAGAAUUGACUUGAAUCCGAGUAGCGGGCCGGCGGAUGCGGGCGGACCCAACUUUACGUGCCCUCUCGGCGGCGAGGGAUUCGGGCAACCUGCGAUCCCAUUUCGCGCCACAUCUUCCUCUUGCCCUCUUUUGGCGCCUCGGCGUCAAGCGCUCGGGCAUAUAGUGGGAGAUUCGACAGGCGAGUUCUCGAUCGACCGAUUCCAGUAUCGCCCCGGCUCCCCGUUUCUUGUUUGCUGAUAUAGAAGAUGGCAGAAUCUGAGGAUAUCCAGCCCCUCGUCUGUGACAAUGGAACUGGAAUGGUUAAGGCUGGAUUUGCGGGAGAUGAUGCCCCAAGAGCCGUGUUCCCUAGCAUUGUGGGUCGACCUCGUCACACUGGUGUGAUGGUAGGGAUGGGCCAGAAAGAUGCAUAUGUAGGUGAUGAGGCUCAAUCGAAAAGGGGUAUCCUAACACUGAAAUAUCCAAUUGAGCACGGCAUUGUUAACAAUUGGGAUGACAUGGAGAAGAUUUGGCAUCACACUUUCUACAAUGAGCUCCGUGUGGCACCUGAAGAGCAUCCUAUCCUUCUCACCGAAGCCCCAUUGAAUCCCAAAGCUAAUCGUGAGAAGAUGACUCAGAUCAUGUUUGAGACAUUCAAUGCUCCAGCAAUGUAUGUGGCCAUCCAAGCUGUUCUUUCUCUCUAUGCCAGUGGUCGAACAACAGGCAUUGUGCUGGACUCCGGUGACGGUGUCAGCCACACCGUUCCCAUCUACGAGGGCUACGCGCUCCCCCACGCCAUCCUCCGUCUCGACCUUGCCGGCCGUGACCUCACCGACGCGCUGAUGAAGAUCCUGACGGAGCGCGGGUACUCCUUCACCACCACGGCCGAACGCGAAAUCGUGCGCGACAUCAAGGAGAAGCUCGCCUACAUCGCCCUCGACUUCGAGCAGGAGCUGGAGAUGGCCAAGACCAGCUCCUCCGUGGAGAAGAACUACGAGCUGCCCGACGGCCAAGUGAUCACCAUCGGCGCCGAGCGGUUCCGCUGCCCGGAGGUGCUCUUCCAGCCGUCGAUGAUCGGAAUGGAAGCCGCCGGCAUCCACGAGACCACGUAUAAUUCCAUCAUGAAGUGCGACGUGGACAUAAGGAAGGACUUGUACGGGAACAUCGUGCUCAGCGGGGGGACGACCAUGUUCACGGGGAUCGCGGACAGGAUGAGCAAGGAGAUCACGGCGCUGGCGCCGAGCAGCAUGAAGAUUAAGGUGGUGGCGCCGCCGGAGAGGAAGUACAGUGUGUGGAUCGGAGGCUCCAUUUUAGCUUCCCUCAGCACGUUCCAACAGAUGUGGAUUGCAAAGGCAGAGUACGAUGAGUCCGGUCCAUCGAUUGUGCACAGGAAAUGUUUCUAAACCAUCUUCCUAUCAACUACCAGAACAAUAAGAUGGUUCGCAGCAGAACGCAUCGAAGAGAUCAGUUCAAAUUACUCACUUGGAUAGGUCUACUUAAUGGUGAUCUGCAAUUAUUAUUAUAUAUUUAUUUUUUUUUAAAUUCUAUUCCCAGUGAUUAAUUGGAUAUUUUCAAUAAUCCUGAAUUAAACAUUAUUGUUGAGGAACUUGUAAUCUUAUUAUUUUCUGCUCUAUAUUUUGUAAUGUGCCACGGGAAAUUAAUUUUUGUAUUAAACUAUUAAUUUUUCAAAUUUUCUUCUUUUGCGUUUC